CUCUCUCUCUCUCUCUCAGUUUGACUUCAAACAUUCAGAUUGCCCAAAUUACCUUUUUCGUGAUGGGAGCAGGGACCAAAGAGCAUUAACUGGAGGGGUAUGGGUUGGGCCCAAAGCAGGUAAAAGAAAUGCAUCUUCUUGAUCAAUGCAUCCCUUUUCCAAUCCUUUUUUAAGGAAACAACUCAUAAAUCCACUUCCCUUUGCUCCCCCUCCUUCCUUUCUCUUUGCCCCCCUUCCUUGUUUCUGCUUUGGCAUAUUUACUACUCUUUUAUCGACUCAUCUCUCCUCUCCUCUCGCUUGGAAGGAAAAAAAGUACACCCCCAAAUAGUAUAUAAAUAAAACAAAGAAAAAUAAUGUAAAAGUAAUAACACUAUAAUUAAUUCCCUCCCUUGUCCUGAGCUCAGCAUCUCUUUACCCACAUCCUUUCUGUCUGCCCCGUCCUUUUUUUCUUUUCUCUUCUUUGAUUCUUCUUUCUCCUCUACUUAUUACAUAAACAAACACAAGAGAGAGAGAGAGAGAGAGAGAGAGAGAGAGAGCAAUGGAGGAGGCCGUGGAGAUGAAGAGGAGCAACAAAAACAAGAAAUGCAACAAACCAUUGAAGGGAAUGAGGAAAUGCCAAGCUUACCCAGCUCUUUUACCGCUGCCUCCGAUUCUACCAAAGCCUCUGAUUCACAGAGUCUUUUGGAAUCAAAAGCCUUGUCCAUCUUAUGUUUAUGCUUCUUCCUUCAGGGAUCAAGUUGAUGUAGUCUCGCCUCUACCUCAAUCUAUUGAAGUUGCCCAACAAAAUGCGGUACCAAGAAAAGAACCUGCUGCCAACAUAAGUGCACCAUCUUUAGACUGCAAACAAGAAAAUCUAGCCAUACCACAAACUAUUGUGACUGCACAGAGGCCAGAUUCCGGCGGCAGAGAGGGUUCUCCAAUUUCCCUCCUCGCGAAUCAUUUCCUAGUCCAAUUCGAUCAAUCUCAGAAAAUUUUCCACUAUGAUGUUGCUAUAUCUCCACGUCCUUCCAAAGAAAUUGCAAGAUUGAUUAAGAAAAAGCUAGUCCAAGAAAAUUCUGAUACCUUAUCCGAUGCCAUUCCUGUAUUUGAUGGCGGAAAGAAUCUGUACAGUGCCGUUGAGUUCCAAGAAGAUCGUCUUGAGUUCUUCAUUAACCUUCCAAUUCCCGUACCCAAAUCUUCGUGCAACGUGUUGGGUACCCAAAAGCAAAAACUUUUCAGGGUGAACGUAAGACGAGUGUCAAAAUUGAGCGCACAGGAUUUGAGCAAAUACCUUAAAGAAGAGGAGGAUGGGGUCCCGUUACCUCAAGAUUACCUUCAUGCCUUGGAUGUUGUAUUAAGAGAGAGCUCAACGGAGAGUUGCUUCCAAGUUGGGAGAUGCUUGUACUCAACCUCUAUGGGAGGAGUUAAAGACAUUGGUGGAGGUGUUAUUGGAUUGAGAGGUUUCUUUCAAGGUCUUAGACCAACACAACAAGGCCUAGCCCUCAAUGUGGAUUCCUCCGUGAUGGCAUUUCACGAGAGCAUUGGCGUUAUUCCGUACAUCGAAAAACGCUGCGAAACUUUAAAGGAUCUUUCUCAGAGGAAAACAAGAGGGCUGAUGGUAGAAGAAAAGCGAGAAGUGGAGAAAGUGUUGAAGAAUGUUAGAAUCUUUGUUUGUCACCGUGAAACUAAUCAAAGAUAUCGGGUCUUUGGCCUCACUAAUGAAUCCACUGAGAAUCUCAAGUUCAGGGAUAGAGAUGGAAGGGAGAUGAUAUUGGUGGAUUAUUUCAAGGAUCAAUACAACCAUGAGAUUCAAUUCAGGAAUCUUCCGUGCUUGCAGAUAAGUAGAAGUAAACCAUGUUAUCUUCCAAUGGAGCUUUGCGUGGUUUGUGAAGGCCAGAAGUUUCUUGGAAAGCUAUCUGAUGAACAAACUUCAAGAAUCCUUAAGAUGGGCUGCCAAAGUCCGUCAAAAAGGAAGGAUAUUAUUAAUGGUGUUGUCAAUGGAAUGACUGGUCCAACAAGUGGACGCUACCUGAGAGAGUUUGAUCUCCAAGUUUCAAGAGAGAUGACUCAACUUACUGGAAGAGUACUUCAACCUCCCAAGCUAAGGUUCGGCAGUGGUGGGAUCAUCAAAGAUAUAACUCCAAAUUGCCAUGAUCGCCAAUGGAACUUGCUCAAUAGCCAUGUAGCUGAGGGUUCUCAUAUCACGAGAUGGACUAUCAUCAGUUUUGGUGGCACCCAAGCGCAGAGAUCGUCGAUUCCUCGAUUCAUAAGCCAGCUAUCAAAUAGGUGUCAGCAACUCGGGAUAUCACUAAGUAAGGAUGCAACAAUUAGCCCAUCAUUUGAGCCAAUCCAAAUACUGGAUCAUGCGUCCCAUUUGGAAUCGAAGCUAAGGAAACUCCACGAAGCGAUAUCAGGCAACCUUCAGCUGCUUAUAUGUGUAAUGGAGAAGAAGCACAAAGGGUAUGCUGAUCUGAAGAGAAUUGCUGAGACAAACAUCGGUGUGGUGAGCCAAUGCUGCUUAUAUCCUAAUCUCAUGAAACCUACCUCACAAUUCUUGGCAAAUAUAGCUCUAAAGAUAAAUGCUAAGCUUGGAGGGUGCAACGUGUUACUUUACAACACUUUGCCCUGCCAAAUCCCCAGACUUUUCGCUGAUGAUGAGCCCGUAAUCUUUAUGGGUGCUGAUGUCACUCAUCCACACCCGCUUGAUGAUUCGAGUCCAUCAAUUGCUGCGGUUGUUGGUAGCAUGAACUGGCCGGAGGCAAACAAGUACAUCUCAAGAAUGAGAUCACAAACACACCGGCAAGAAAUUAUUGAAGAGCUGGAGAAAAUGUCAGAAGAGCUAUUUCAGGAGUUUCUAGUUUCGGUUGGCAAGCUUCCUAGUAGAAUUAUUUUCUUUCGUGAUGGAGUGAGCGAGACCCAGUUCUAUAAGGUUCUUGAGAAAGAGUUGCAAGCAAUUCGGGCAGCUUGUUCCAGGUUCAAAGGUUACAAGCCGUCAAUAACUUUCUUAGUAGUUCAAAAGAGGCAUCAUACAAGACUCUUCCUUAACGAUAGAAAACAGGCUUUUUCUCGCGGUCACCAUUUCUCCGAGAAUAUUCCACCGGGAACAGUUGUGGAUACUGUGAUUACGCAACCACGAGAAUUUGAUUUUUAUAUUUGUAGUCAUUGGGGGAUGAGGGGAACUAGUAGGCCAACUCGUUACCAUGUCCUUUGGGAUGAGAACCAUUUUAAAUCCGAUGAGCUUCAGAAAUUGAUUCAUGAUCUUUGUUACACUUUUGUUAGGUGCACUAAGCCAGUAUCAAUUGUUCCACCGGCUUAUUACGCGCAUCUUGCUGCGUAUAGAGGGAGGUUGUAUCUUGAUAGGUCGGACGCCAUGGGAAUUAGAGGCACAGCAAUGACAUUAUCAAGAUCCGCGAUUCCUCUAACAUCACCGUUGCCUAAGAUCAAAGAUAGUGUUAAGAAGCUUAUGUUCUACUGUUGAUCGCUGAUCUUACUUCCUGCCUUUGUGUACAAAAUUGUUCGUCAAUCUGUUUAGAUUAUCUCAUAUUAAACUUGGCUGUUGAUGUAAGCUAAUUUGGAGAAAUGAUAUUGACAAGUGAU